UUAGUGUAGUUAUAUAGAUAAUUAGAUACCAUUCGGUAAAAAUUUCGCUUGCAGUAAUUUCUACGUGGUAAGCGCUCCUCCAUUAAUUGGUUUGAUAGGGAUUCGGAUACCUUCCUCAUUGAAGUAGUAAAGAAAAUUCGCUUAAGUGCUUUUUUCGGUUAAGUGCACAAGUUUUUCGUGCAAAGAAGGAUGGGCAGCUAAGCAAAAUAUACUGUAAUUGAUUCGUAUUACAAACAAGCUUCGUACUACCAAACUCAAAUUGAGAGACUGUCCCCAGCUGAUAAUGGUCGGUCAGAUAUUGAUGAGCUUUAUGUAAAUGCAAAAUGCAAAAUAUCAGCUGCAAUGGACGGGCGUAGAAGACAAAGUUUUUAUGAACAAACUCUAUGUUUUCCACAAACAACAACAAAUCGGUUACCAAACUUGCGUUUACCAAAGUUUGAUGGCAAAUACAUUGAGUAUAAAAACUUUAUAAAUUGUUUUAAUAGUCUCGUGGAUAAUGAUCCUAAUAUACCAGCCAUUGAGAAGUUCAACCACUUGCUGACUUGUUUAAGUGGAGAAGCGUUAUCCACGGUAAAGGCUUUCCAAGUCACAAAUGAAAAUUACGCCAAGGCACUUCAACGUCUCAAAGACCGGUACGAUAACAACACUUUAAUUUUUUUUAGAUAAUAUAUCAGCACUUUUUGAUAUUCCCAAGGCGACUAAGAGUGUACCGGGGCAGUUGCGACACAUAGUCGACACCGUCUCUGCUCUUUACAGCUCCUUACAGUCGCUAGGUUCUUAUGAACAAAUUUGUGAUGCGUUCAUUAUACAUGUUGCGUUGUGUAAAGUUGACUCGGAUACAAGAAGAAAAUGGGAUGAACACAUCGACUACGUAUCAUUACCAAAAUGGGUUGACUGCUGCGCAAUGCUGGACAAACGUUGUCAACAAAUAAAUGCUAAUUUGAAAGGCGCGUCAGGGCCAGCUGCAGCUCAGUCAUCACAUCAAAGGACCUAUACUAACAACGCGAAAAUCAAUCAUACGUUGCUAGCGAAACGCAGUUCUCAAAGGGAUAUGUUGUGCGCGUUUUGCUCUAAAUCAGGUCACAAUAUAUCAACGUGUCAAGGCUUCGUAGUUCUUCCGGUGACUCAGCGUUCACAACAAGUGAAAAACUUAAAUCUUUGCCUUAAUUGUUUAGCUAAAGGUCAUGGAUGUUCGCAAUGCCCAUCAAAAUAUUCAUGUCGAUUUUGUAAAAAAAAGGCAUCAUUCGUUGCUACACAAUAUCUCCGAAACUAUUUCCUCACCCUCUACUCCGCCAAACAACAGCUUUACGACAAAUGAGUCAGCAUCAGUUCAUACAACCAGUGUCGAAACCCAACUUGGAGCCUCAGCGCAAGGAGGGCAAGUUAUACUUGCUACCGCCUUGAUUUUGGUUAGAGACGCUUGUGGAGAGUUCGAGAUUUGUAGAGUUCUCUUGGACUCGUGUUCACAGGUGAACCUUAUGACGCAGGCGCUUUGUUCAGGUUUAAAUCUUCGUAAGUCUCGUAAUAAUAUCGACGUCUGCGGGAUUGGCUCAUCCCCACUAAAAAUAGCAUUUAAAAUGCAAACUACCAUUCGCUCUCGCAUUAAUAAUUUUGAAACGUCGCUAGAAUUCCUAAUAUCUCCACAAAUCUCUGGCUAUCAUCCUAGUGAAACUGUAGCAUCAGCAGAUCUAAUGAUUCCUAGAAAUAUUAAUCUCGCGGACCCUGAAUUUCACCGUUCACGUGGAGUCGAUAUGUUGCUUGGGGCAGAAGCCUCUUUUUCGCUUUUAUCCGUUGGGAAUAUCCGUCUUGGCGAUAACUUGCCUACUCUGCAAAAAACUUUAUUUGGCUGGAUCGUAUCCGGAAAAUGCUCUGCUCCACGACAACCAAUUAGCAAUCCAUCCCAUUGUGCAGCUAUUUCUACAAUAGAUAAUAUAAACCGUAACGUUGAAAAAUUAUGGCAGCUUGAGGAAGUCAAUUCAAAGAGGCAACAUUUGACAUCAGAAGAAUACCAGUGCGAGACUCAUUUUUUGAAAACGGUAACCAAAUCCAAUGGUCGACUCAUGGUAAAACUGCUGUUCAAGGGUGAUGUCCGCAGUCUUGGUAAUUCGCGAGAUAUAGCUAUGCGACGCUUUUUAGCAAUGGAAAACAAACUCGAGAAAAAUCCAACAUUAAAGAGCGAAUAUACAGAAUUUUUGAAGGAGUACGAAGAACUGGGCCAUAUGUCUUACUCAAAAAUGUGGAACUAGAUUCACCACUCUAUUUUGUACCCCACCACUGCGUGGUAAAGCCGGGAAGUACGACAACUAAACUGAGAGUUGUCUUCGACGCAUCGUGUCGUACGGCUUCCCAGGUCUCACUGUGAACUACUCAUGGUGGGCCCGCAACUUCAAAAUGAAUUGUUAAUUACUCUUUUACGAUUCCGGUGCCACAAAUAUGGUCUUACAGCUGAUAUUACAAAAUUGUAUCAGCAAUUUUUACUACAUCCCGAUGAUCGUAAGUACCACUUGAUUCUCUGGCGUUAUGACAAAACGCAACAAAUUUCUACACAUAGCCUCAACACCGUUACAUAUGGUACUGCAGCGGCGCCUUAUCUUGCAAUUCGUAGUUUACAAUUCGCAGCAGAGACCUGUCCAUAUGGGAAUGAUCUCGGAAAGAAAAUCAUCAAAACUGACUUCUACGUUGAUGAUAUGUUAACAGGAGCAGAUGAUCAGCAAUCCCUGCUAAUGAUUAAGAAGGAAGUCUGCGAAGUAUUGAAUUCUGCUCAGCUUUCACUCACUAAAUGGUUCUGUAAUCACCCAUCACUAAUGGAAUCAGUGACGGAUAUCAAGAACGUCUGUUUGGACGACAAUACCACAACAAGUGCACUUGGAAUAUCUUGGUAUACCAGUGACGACGUUUUCGGAUUCGCGUAUCAUCCAAAAAAUCAGACAACUAGCAUUACGAAGCGAUCAAUCUUGUCAACAACAUCGUCACUCUUUGACCCACUGGGACUUAUAGUCCUGUUGUCAUUAAGGCGAAAAUCUUGCUGCAAAGGUUAUGGGUUCUUCAAUGUGACUGGGACAAAUCUGUGCCACAAAUAAUUGCAAGUGCUUGGGAAGCUAUUUGCCAAGAUUUACAGCAGUUGCACCUCAUACGUAUUCCGAGAUAU